AUGGCGGCAAUCAAUCUAGCAAUCAAUCUAGUAGUUCUUGGACUUUCCGGCGUACUAUCAAUUCCAGCUUUCGCGAGUUUCGGAAAAACACCAGAAGCCAACGUAGUGACAGUAAAUAUUGGUGUUGGCGCUACUAAUACCAGUGUGUCUUUUCCAGACAAAUCUAUUAGUAUGUCUUCCCGAACACUCUCAAAAAUAUUGCCAUUAAAAUUUAUUUUAUAGAGACCCCUGGAGGUGUAGUUCCGAUAGUUGAAUUAUGGGAUGUCCUAGGGAAUCAGAUGGGAACCGCCAGUUCUAAGGAUCCUGUUGUCGAAGGGGGUUCAUUAAGCCUCACAAUGAGCGGUAAAAACGGCGGCAAAACCAGCACAACACCGAUGUACAUUCGACUCAUAGCCCAGGAUGCGGGCGAAGUAUGCAUUGUCGAGGGUAUAUAUUGCGAUAUGUGUCAUCGUCGUGCAUAUCCGCUAUGUGGCGAAAAGGAGAGCAGAAGUUGCUUUGACAUGGAUUUGAAACAGAUCAGGGCAUCUGGUAAUGAGCGCCGUGAUGGAAAUAUUCCUCAGAAGAGUUAUGAAGAAGUGAGACAUUGGAAAUGA